CUGAGUUGGACAGUUUACCGAACUUCACUUAUAACACCUCAUCGUUCAAAACACUUUUGCAGAAAAAUGUAUGAAAGGAAGACCGCAGCUUUUGAUUAAAUAGCCUCAGGCGUUGGUAUUUCCCAGCCUCCAUCCAACGAGACUCGAUGUUACGACCAACAACAUUGGCAGUCAUCAUUAUACAGUUUAAACUAAACUAGCUUUCUAGUCAGUUAGCUCAGGGAUUAAUACCCUAUGCUAUGGACGAGGAUUCUGAAGACCCGUCCAGCCCGUCUCCAUCCUGCUCCACUGAACCCCAACCCACUGUGUCCCCGGGUCCUGACAGGAACCAUGGUGACCAGGAGGACAGUAACCAUGGUGAUCAGAAAGACACAGCGCAGGGUCAGGAGAGGGUUACUGUGAGUCUGGACAUCAACAGUGAAACACCAACAUUUAAUAUUGUAGUCAAAGAAGAAGAAGACUGGGAACUAGAUAAUACAGGAGAGAGUCCCAGCCAUCACUCUGCAGGUGGGAAGAGACCCUCUACAUCAGGAGAACCUGAGCAACACCAGAUGAAACGCAGAACGAGGCAGAAAAAGACCCACCCAUGCCCAGAUUGUGGGAAACACUGCCAGACAUUAUCGGCACUACAAAUACACAUGAGAACCCACACAGGAGAGAAGCCUUACGCUUGCUUUGUGUGUGAGAAAACGUUCAUUAUUAGGCAAGCUUUGAAAACACACCAGCGAACACACACAGGAGAGAAGCCUUAUACCUGCUCUGAGUGUGGGAAGGGUUUCGCUCAUCAAUGUAGUUUGAGAUACCACCAAAAGAGGAAUUCUGAACAGAUUAAAACAGACCCGAAUGAGAAGAUGACCUGCUGCUGUGGACAAGAGUUCUCCUCAAAGUGCGUUCUGGAGGUUCACUUGAAGACGGACACUGGAGCCAAGCCUUACACCUGCUGUGUGUGUGGCAAGAGGUUCAAUAAAGAAUCAUUAAAAGAACACCAGAGAUCCCAUACAGGAGAGAUGCCUUACUCUUGCUCUUUCUGUGGCAAGGGUUACUAUCACAAACCGGCUUGGAAAGCCCACGAGCGAACACACACCGAGGAGAAGCCCCUGUGCUCUGUGUGCGGACGGACCUGCUCUAGUAAGUAUACGUUAAAAGUCCACGAGCGAACACACACAGGAGAGAUGCCUUACCUCUGCUCUGAGUGUGGCAAGGGCUUCAUCAGUAAAGGACUCCUGAUGACCCACGAGCGAUUCAACUGUUCUGGGGGAGAGGAACGAUGGCGACCAAAGAGAUUUCACAAGUGUCCGGACUGUGGGAAGGAGUUCACACAAGCAAACAAACUGGAGAGACACAUGAGAACACACACAGGAGAGAGGCCUUACCAGUGCUCUGUGUGUGGGAUGAGGUUCAACCAGAAAGGGAAUCUCAAAACGCAUUUUAAAGUGCACACAGGCAGGGAUCCCAGUUUGCUGCCUGACAUGGACAUGAGGACGACUUCUUCAGAAGCAGCGAAACAACCUCCGGACAACAGACAUGAUGUUGGGAAACCACAACGCUGCCUGAAUCAGAUUGGCAAGGAGGGGACCCACAAUCUACCGGCACCACAAACCCACAACCUACCGGCACCACAAACCCACAACCCACCGGCACCACAAACCCACAACCCACCGGCACCACAAACCCACAACCCACCGGCACCACAAACCCACAACCCACCGGCACCACAAACCCACAACCUUCCGGCAGCACAAACCCACAACCUACCGGCACCACAAACCCACAACCUACCGGCACCACAAACCCACAACCCACCGGCACCACAAACCCACAACCUUCCGGCAGCACAAACCCACAACCUACCGGCACCACAAACCCACAACCUACCGGCACCACAAACCCACAAUCUACCGGCACCACAACCCCACAAUCUACCGGCACCACAACCCCACAACCUACUGGCACCACAACCCCACAACCUUCCGGCACCACAAACCCACAACCUACCGGCACCACAAACCCACAACCUUCCGGCACCACAAACCCACAACCUACCGGCACCACAAACCCACAACCUUCCGGCACCACAACCCCACAACCUUCCGGCACCACAAACCCACAACCUACCGGCACCACAAACCCACAACCUUCCGGCACCACAAACCCACAACCUACCGGCAGCACAAACCCACAACCAUCCGGCACCACAAACCCACAACCUACCGGCACCACAAACCCACAACCAUCCGGCACCACAAACCCACAACCAUCCGGCACCACAGAGGGAGGUAAGCCACCACCUCCCGUCAGCACAGAAACCCACCAUGUCCCCCAGGGGAGAAAAACACUAUCUCUGCCCUGAAUGUGGCAAGACUUACACCCGGGAAUACGACCUCCGAGUCCACCUCAGAACGCACACAGGAGAGAGACCGUACCAGUGCUAUGACUGCGGGAAGGCCUACGUCCGGAAAAACAAUCUCCAACAACACCAGCGGUCACAUGCUCCCAAGCCCAUGGGACCGACCCGCCAUUUAGGCAGACCACCCAGGGUAGGCUCUAGUAGUGGAAGGUCUAACCAAUCACCCAGGGUAGGAAGAGCUAAGCAAAAAAUACAUACAUCAAUGUAAAUAUGAGAGACUCAUGCCCUUACCGCAGAUGGAGAGAGGACACUGGCAGUACUGGCACCUUUAAACAUGUGGCUGGGUGCAUAACUUCAUCCCAAAUGGCACCCUAUUCCCUAUAUAGUGCACUACUUUUGACCAGGGCCCAUAUGGGAACCUUAAGGGCUCUGCUGAAAUGUAGUGCACUAUAUAGGGAAUAGGGUGCUAUUUUGGACACCCACAAUGCCUCUUAUGACUACAGAAUCGUUCUUCUUUCUGGUGUGUGCGCAUGUCUGUAUGCACUCACGUAUUUGUGUGUGUGUUGUUGUAAUCAGUACAAUACAGUCCACUGUGUUGUGUAAGAUAAUCAUACUAUGUAAUCCUGUGCAUUUUAUUUCAUAUAUCUUAUUUUACUUAUUGAAGCUAUCAUGAUACUAAGAAAUGACUUGCAUUUCAUAUAACGCCAUGGUCUAAUAAAUGAACAUU